GACACGUGAACUUACAGAUUUGUGACAUUAUUCGACUCGUUUCCGUCAAUUUUCAGGUAUGAAACAUGGAGCACAAGCUGGCUGAAUUCAGAGCCCGAAAGAAAGCUCAAACCGAAGGGAUGAAACCUGCUGAAAGUGUUAUCCAGAGUGAAAUGAAAGCAAAAGUCGACGAUUCUCCUCCGGUGGUGUGUGAUGACAAACCUGAGCAGAAGCCAGACACCAGCCCUCAGGCUUCACACACAGAGGAUUACAUUAAUCGUUUGCUGGACACUACACUGGGCCGCAGGCUUCAUCGUCUGGCCCCUCACCUGACCCUGUUAAAAGUGCUCCUGUGGCUCGUGCUGUUGGGACUUUUUGCAGAGCUUGGGUUUGGCCUGGCAUUUUUUCUCAUAUCAUUAUUUUACUGGCUCUACGAGGGCUUUCGGACCCCAAAACCCAGACAACCUGGAGAAAUGAGUGCAUAUUCUGUGUUUAACCCUGACUGUCAGCCUAUCCUGGGAACUUUAACAGCCGAACAGCUAGAAGGAGAGCUGGGAUAUAGGCCAAUGGCCAAUAGAUGA